GCAAGAAAGAAGAAAUCACAGAAAUUUUGGUUAAACAAGAGGAAGGCAAAGCGCCUGAAACUCUUGUCACAUUCAGUGAAGUGCAAGAAACUCUUCCAGAAGAAACUGUCGAAGAUGUUAAGCCAACUGAAGGAGAAUUCAAACCAGAAUUGACUGAACUGCUUGUAGAGUUUAUGAAGAAAUCUGCUGCUCCCGAUGCUCAAAAACCAGUUGAAGAAACUACUGAGAUUGUCAUGGAGGAAGGUAAACCAAAGAAGAAGGUUACAAAACGACGUGUCACAAAGAAGAAGCUUACGCCAGAAGACGAAAACAUCAAGCGUUUGUUAGAAUUGGAAGUUUCGAAAACUCCUCUCGAAGAUUAUGAACAGUCUGAAUUCACUCCCAAAGAAAAAGAACAAGAAGAAACGCCUGAAGACAAAACACCUUACAAACGAGGUCCAAAGAAACAAAAACCUGCUCCAGAAGAGCCUGAAGAAAAACAAUGGCCUACAGGAAAGCGUCGUCCCAAACCAGAAGAAGAGCAAGAAGAUAUUUCUCUCAAGCCAAUUCCCAAGCCCAAGAAACAACCCAAAGAAAAACCCGAAAAGGAUGUCGAAGGACCCAAAUUCGUGCCAGAAACUAUCGAAGAGUUGCCUGAAAAGGUUCAAGUUGUUGAAACCAAGAAGGCUGAUGGCACAGUCAAGAAACAAACUAUCAAAAAGAGGGUUAUUAAGAAGAAGAAGGGAGACAAACAAGAAAUUACUGAAAUUGUUACCAAAGAAGAAGAAAACGCUGCUCCAAUUACAAGCGUUACAGUUACUGAAUCAACUGUUGAUGAGUCUGAGGAACCAUUUGAACCAUUCAAAGAAAUGUUGGAGAAACCUCAAGUCAUUGAGGAAGUUCCUGAAGAGACUACAAUCACAACAGUUAAGACUCGUGAAGGACCUAAGAAGAGCGUUACGAAGAAACGCGUCAUCAAGAAGAAAGAUGGAAAGAAAGAAACUGUUACAGAAAUUGUAACUAAGGAAAUCGAAGGUCACGAGCCUGUUACAACUGUCGAGGUAACUGAAGUUGCUCUCCCUCUUGACGAAAUUGUCGAAGAAGUAAAGCCUGAGGAAGUUAUUGAAGAACUUCCAGAGCACAUUCAAGUCAUUGAAACUCCAACAGAAGAUGGAACUUCAAAGACAAUUGUCAAGAAACGUGUCAUCAAGAAGAAGAAGGGCAAGAAAGAAGAAAUCACAGAAAUUUUGGUUAAACAAGAGGAAGGCAAAGCGCCUGAAACUCUUGUCACAUUCAGUGAAGUGCAAGAAACUCUUCCAGAAGAAACUGUCGAAGAUGUUAAGCCAACUGAAGGAGAAUUCAAACCAGAAUUGACUGAAUUGCUUGUAGAGUUUAUGAAGAAAUCUGCUGCUCCCGAUGCUCAAAAACCAGUUGAAGAAACUACUGAGAUUGUCAUGGAGGAAGGUAAACCAAAGAAGAAGGUUACAAAACGACGUGUCACAAAGAAGAAGCUUACGCCAGAAGACGAAAACAUCAAGCGUUUGUUAGAAUUGGAAGUUUCGAAAACUCCUCUCGAAGAUUAUGAACAGUCUGAAUUCACUCCCAAAGAAAAAGAACAAGAAGAAACGCCUGAAGACAAAACACCUUACAAACGAGGUCCAAAGAAACAAAAACCUGCUCCAGAAGAGCCUGAAGAAAAACAAUGGCCUACAGGAAAGCGUCGUCCCAAACCAGAAGAAGAGCAAGAAGAUAUUUCUCUCAAGCCAAUUCCCAAGCCCAAGAAACAACCCAAAGAAAAACCCGAAAAGGAUGUCGAAGGACCCAAAUUCGUGCCAGAAACUAUCGAAGAGUUGCCUGAAAAGGUUCAAGUUGUUGAAACCAAGAAGGCUGAUGGCACAGUCAAGAAACAAACUAUCAAAAAGAGGGUUAUUAAGAAGAAGAAGGGAGACAAACAAGAAAUUACUGAAAUUGUUACCAAAGAAGAAGAAAACGCUGCUCCAAUUACAAGCGUUACAGUUACUGAAUCAACUGUUGAUGAGUCUGAGGAACCAUUUGAACCAUUCAAAGAAAUGUUGGAGAAACCUCAAGUCAUUGAGGAAGUUCCUGAAGAGACUACAAUCACAACAGUUAAGACUCGUGAAGGACCUAAGAAGAGCGUUACGAAGAAACGCGUCAUCAAGAAGAAGGAUGGAAAGAAAGAAACUGUUACAGAAAUUGUAACUAAGGAAAUCGAAGGUCACGAGCCUGUUACAACUGUCGAGGUAACUGAAGUUGCUCUCCCUCUUGACGAAAUUGUCGAAGAAGUAAAGCCUGAGGAAGUUAUUGAAGAACUUCCAGAGCACAUUCAAGUCAUUGAAACUCCAACAGAAGAUGGAACUUCAAAGACAAUUGUCAAGAAACGUGUCAUCAAGAAAAAGAAGGGCAAGAAAGAAGAAAUCACAGAAAUUUUGGUCAAACAAGAGGAAGGCAAAGCGCCUGAAACUCUUGUCACAUUCAGUGAAGUGCAAGAAACUCUUCCAGAAGAAACUGUCGAAGAUGUUAAGCCAACUGAAGGAGAAUUCAAACCAGAAUUGACUGAAUUGCUUGUAGAGUUUAUGAAGAAAUCUGCUGCUCCCGAUGCUCAAAAACCAGUUGAAGAAACUACUGAGAUUGUCAUGGAGGAAGGUAAACCAAAGAAGAAGGUUACAAAACGACGUGUCACAAAGAAGAAGCUUACGCCAGAAGACGAAAACAUCAAGCGUUUGUUAGAAUUGGAAGUUUCGAAAACUCCUCUCGAAGAUUAUGAACAGUCUGAAUUCACUCCCAAAGAAAAAGAACAAGAAGAAACGCCUGAAGACAAAACACCUUACAAACGAGGUCCAAAGAAACAAAAACCUGCUCCAGAAGAGCCUGAAGAAAAACAAUGGCCUACAGGAAAGCGUCGUCCCAAACCAGAAGAAGAGCAAGAAGAUAUUUCUCUCAAGCCAAUUCCCAAGCCCAAGAAACAACCCAAAGAAAAACCCGAAAAGGAUGUCGAAGGACCCAAAUUCGUGCCAGAAACUAUCGAAGAGUUGCCUGAAAAGGUUCAAGUUGUUGAAACCAAGAAGGCUGAUGGCACAGUCAAGAAACAAACUAUCAAAAAGAGGGUUAUUAAGAAGAAGAAGGGAGACAAACAAGAAAUUACUGAAAUUGUUACCAAAGAAGAAGAAAACGCUGCUCCAAUUACAAGCGUUACAGUUACUGAAUCAACUGUUGAUGAGUCUGAGGAACCAUUUGAACCAUUCAAAGAAAUGUUGGAGAAACCUCAAGUCAUUGAGGAAGUUCCUGAAGAGACUACAAUCACAACAGUUAAGACUCGUGAAGGACCUAAGAAGAGCGUUACGAAGAAACGCGUCAUCAAGAAGAAGGAUGGAAAGAAAGAAACUGUUACAGAAAUUGUAACUAAGGAAAUCGAAGGUCACGAGCCUGUUACAACUGUCGAGGUAACUGAAGUUGCUCUCCCUCUUGACGAAAUUGUCGAAGAAGUAAAGCCUGAGGAAGUUAUUGAAGAACUUCCAGAGCACAUUCAAGUCAUUGAAACUCCAACAGAAGAUGGAACUUCAAAGACAAUUGUCAAGAAACGUGUCAUCAAGAAGAAGAAGGGCAAGAAAGAAGAAAUCACAGAAAUUUUGGUUAAACAAGAGGAAGGCAAAGCGCCUGAAACUCUUGUCACAUUCAGUGAAGUGCAAGAAACUCUUCCAGAAGAAACUGUCGAAGAUGUUAAGCCAACUGAAGGAGAAUUCAAACCAGAAUUGACUGAAUUGCUUGUAGAGUUUAUGAAGAAAUCUGCUGCUCCCGAUGCUCAAAAACCAGUUGAAGAAACUACUGAGAUUGUCAUGGAGGAAGGUAAACCAAAGAAGAAGGUUACAAAACGACGUGUCACAAAGAAGAAGCUUACGCCAGAAGACGAAAACAUCAAGCGUUUGUUAGAAUUGGAAGUUUCGAAAACUCCUCUCGAAGAUUAUGAACAGUCUGAAUUCACUCCCAAAGAAAAAGAACAAGAAGAAACGCCUGAAGACAAAACACCUUACAAACGAGGUCCAAAGAAACAAAAACCUGCUCCAGAAGAGCCUGAAGAAAAACAAUGGCCUACAGGAAAGCGUCGUCCCAAACCAGAAGAAGAGCAAGAAGAUAUUUCUCUCAAGCCAAUUCCCAAGCCCAAGAAACAACCCAAAGAAAAACCCGAAAAGGAUGUCGAAGGACCCAAAUUCGUGCCAGAAACUAUCGAAGAGUUGCCUGAAAAGGUUCAAGUUGUUGAAACCAAGAAGGCUGAUGGCACAGUCAAGAAACAAACUAUCAAAAAGAGGGUUAUUAAGAAGAAGAAGGGAGACAAACAAGAAAUUACUGAAAUUGUUACCAAAGAAGAAGAAAACGCUGCUCCAAUUACAAGCGUUACAGUUACUGAAUCAACUGUUGAUGAGUCUGAGGAACCAUUUGAACCAUUCAAAGAAAUGUUGGAGAAACCUCAAGUCAUUGAGGAAGUUCCUGAAGAGACUACAAUCACAACAGUUAAGACUCGUGAAGGACCUAAGAAGAGCGUUACGAAGAAACGCGUCAUCAAGAAGAAAGAUGGAAAGAAAGAAACUGUUACAGAAAUUGUAACUAAAGAAAUCGAAGGUCACGAGCCUGUUACAACUGUCGAGGUAACUGAAGUUGCUCUCCCUCUUGACGAAAUUGUCGAAGAAGUAAAGCCUGAGGAAGUUAUUGAAGAACUUCCAGAGCACAUUCAAGUCAUUGAAACUCCAACAGAAGAUGGAACUUCAAAGACAAUUGUCAAGAAACGUGUCAUCAAGAAAAAGAAGGGCAAGAAAGAAGAAAUCACAGAAAUUUUGGUCAAACAAGAGGAAGGCAAAGCGCCUGAAACUCUUGUCACAUUCAGUGAAGUGCAAGAAACUCUUCCAGAAGAAACUGUCGAAGAUGUUAAGCCAACUGAAGGAGAAUUCAAACCAGAAUUGACUGAAUUGCUUGUAGAGUUUAUGAAGAAAUCUGCUGCUCCCGAUGCUCAAAAACCAGUUGAAGAAACUACUGAGAUUGUCAUGGAGGAAGGUAAACCAAAGAAGAAGGUUACAAAACGACGUGUCACAAAGAAGAAGCUUACGCCAGAAGACGAAAACAUCAAGCGUUUGUUAGAAUUGGAAGUUUCGAAAACUCCUCUCGAAGAUUAUGAACAGUCUGAAUUCACUCCCAAAGAAAAAGAUCAAGAAGAAAUGCCUGAAGACAAAACACCUUACAAACGAGGUCCAAAGAAACAAAAACCUGCUCCAGAAGAGCCUGAAGAAAAACAAUGGCCUACAGGAAAGCGUCGUCCCAAACCAGAAGAAGAGCAAGAAGAUAUUUCUCUCAAGCCAAUUCCCAAGCCCAAGAAACAACCCAAAGAAAAACCCGAAAAGGAUGUCGAAGGACCCAAAUUCGUGCCAGAAACUAUCGAAGAGUUGCCUGAAAAGGUUCAAGUUGUUGAAACCAAGAAGGCUGAUGGCACAGUCAAGAAACAAACUAUCAAAAAGAGGGUUAUUAAGAAGAAGAAGGGAGACAAACAAGAAAUUACUGAAAUUGUUACCAAAGAAGAAGAAAACGCUGCUCCAAUUACAAGCGUUACAGUUACUGAAUCAACUGUUGAUGAGUCUGAGGAACCAUUUGAACCAUUCAAAGAAAUGUUGGAGAAACCUCAAGUCAUUGAGGAAGUUCCUGAAGAGACUACAAUCACAACAGUUAAGACUCGUGAAGGACCUAAGAAGAGCGUUACGAAGAAACGCGUCAUCAAGAAGAAAGAUGGAAAGAAAGAAACUGUUACAGAAAUUGUAACUAAGGAAAUCGAAGGUCACGAGCCUGUUACAACUGUCGAGGUAACUGAAGUUGCUCUCCCUCUUGACGAAAUUGUCGAAGAAGUAAAGCCUGAGGAAGUUAUUGAAGAACUUCCAGAGCACAUUCAAGUCAUUGAAACUCCAACAGAAGAUGGAACUUCAAAGACAAUUGUCAAGAAACGUGUCAUCAAGAAGAAGAAGGGCAAGAAAGAAGAAAUCACAGAAAUUUUGGUUAAACAAGAGGAAGGCAAAGCGCCUGAAACUCUUGUCACAUUCAGUGAAGUGCAAGAAACUCUUCCAGAAGAAACUGUCGAAGAUGUUAAGCCAACUGAAGGAGAAUUCAAACCAGAAUUGACUGAAUUGCUUGUAGAGUUUAUGAAGAAAUCUGCUGCUCCCGAUGCUCAAAAACCAGUUGAAGAAACUACUGAGAUUGUCAUGGAGGAAGGUAAACCAAAGAAGAAGGUUACAAAACGACGUGUCACAAAGAAGAAGCUUACGCCAGAAGACGAAAACAUCAAGCGUUUGUUAGAAUUGGAAGUUUCGAAAACUCCUCUCGAAGAUUAUGAACAGUCUGAAUUCACUCCCAAAGAAAAAGAUCAAGAAGAAACGCCUGAAGACAAAACACCUUACAAACGAGGUCCAAAGAAACAAAAACCUGCUCCAGAAGAGCCUGAAGAAAAACAAUGGCCUACAGGAAAGCGUCGUCCCAAACCAGAAGAAGAGCAAGAAGAUAUUUCUCUCAAGCCAAUUCCCAAGCCCAAGAAACAACCCAAAGAAAAACCCGAAAAGGAUGUCGAAGGACCCAAAUUCGUGCCAGAAACUAUCGAAGAGUUGCCUGAAAAGGUUCAAGUUGUUGAAACCAAGAAGGCUGAUGGCACAGUCAAGAAACAAACUAUCAAAAAGAGGGUUAUUAAGAAGAAGAAGGGAGACAAACAAGAAAUUACUGAAAUUGUUACCAAAGAAGAAGAAAACGCUGCUCCAAUUACAAGCGUUACAGUUACUGAAUCAACUGUUGAUGAGUCUGAGGAACCAUUUGAACCAUUCAAAGAAAUGUUGGAGAAACCUCAAGUCAUUGAGGAAGUUCCUGAAGAGACUACAAUCACAACAGUUAAGACUCGUGAAGGACCUAAGAAGAGCGUUACGAAGAAACGCGUCAUCAAGAAGAAAGAUGGAAAGAAAGAAACUGUUACAGAAAUUGUAACUAAAGAAAUCGAAGGUCACGAGCCUGUUACAACUGUCGAGGUAACUGAAGUUGCUCUCCCUCUUGACGAAAUUGUCGAAGAAGUAAAGCCUGAGGAAGUUAUUGAAGAACUUCCAGAGCACAUUCAAGUCAUUGAAACUCCAACAGAAGAUGGAACUUCAAAGACAAUUGUCAAGAAACGUGUCAUCAAGAAAAAGAAGGGCAAGAAAGAAGAAAUCACAGAAAUUUUGGUCAAACAAGAGGAAGGCAAAGCGCCUGAAACUCUUGUCACAUUCAGUGAAGUGCAAGAAACUCUUCCAGAAGAAACUGUCGAAGAUGUUAAGCCAACUGAAGGAGAAUUCAAACCAGAAUUGACUGAAUUGCUUGUAGAGUUUAUGAAGAAAUCUGCUGCUCCCGAUGCUCAAAAACCAGUUGAAGAAACUACUGAGAUUGUCAUGGAGGAAGGUAAACCAAAGAAGAAGGUUACAAAACGACGUGUCACAAAGAAGAAGCUUACGCCAGAAGACGAAAACAUCAAGCGUUUGUUAGAAUUGGAAGUUUCGAAAACUCCUCUCGAAGAUUAUGAACAGGUACACAAACAAUACAUUUCUUUACACAUUUCACAAAAAUUUACACACAUUUUACAAAAAACACAUUACACACACAUCAAGAAGAAACGCCUGAAGACAAAACACCUUACAAACGAUGUCCAAAGAAACAAAAACCUGCUCCAGAAGAGCCUGAAGAAAAACAAUGGCCUACAGGAAAGCGUCGUCCAACCAGAAGAAGAGCAAGAAGAUAUUUCUCUCAAGCCAAUUCCCAAGCCCAAGAAACAACCCAAAGAAAAACCCGAAAAGGAUGUCGAAGGACCCAAAUUCGUGCCAGAAACUAUCGAAGAGUUGCCUGAAAAGGUUCAAGUUGUUGAAACCAAGAAGGCUGAUGGCACAGUCAAGAAACAAACUAUCAAAAAGAGGGUUAUUAAGAAGAAGAAGGGAGACAAACAAGAAAUUACUGAAAUUGUUACCAAAGAAGAAGAAAACGCUGCUCCAAUUACAAGCGUUACAGUUACUGAAUCAACUGUUGAUGAGUCUGAGGAACCAUUUGAACCAUUCAAAGAAAUGUUGGAGAAACCUCAAGUCAUUGAGGAAGUUCCUGAAGAGACUACAAUCACAACAGUUAAGACUCGUGAAGGACCUAAGAAGAGCGUUACGAAGAAACGCGUCAUCAAGAAGAAAGAUGGAAAGAAAGAAACUGUUACAGAAAUUGUAACUAAGGAAAUCGAAGGUCACGAGCCUGUUACAACUGUCGAGGUAACUGAAGUUGCUCUCCCUCUUGACGAAAUUGUCGAAGAAGUAAAGCCUGAGGAAGUUAUUGAAGAACUUCCAGAGCACAUUCAAGUCAUUGAAACUCCAACAGAAGAUGGAACUUCAAAGACAAUUGUCAAGAAACGUGUCAUCAAGAAGAAGAAGGGCAAGAAAGAAGAAAUCACAGAAAUUUUGGUUAAACAAGAGGAAGGCAAAGCGCCUGAAACUCUUGUCACAUUCAGUGAAGUGCAAGAAACUCUUCCAGAAGAAACUGUCGAAGAUGUUAAGCCAACUGAAGGAGAAUUCAAACCAGAAUUGACUGAAUUGCUUGUAGAGUUUAUGAAGAAAUCUGCUGCUCCCGAUGCUCAAAAACCAGUUGAAGAAACUACUGAGAUUGUCAUGGAGGAAGGUAAACCAAAGAAGAAGGUUACAAAACGACGUGUCACAAAGAAGAAGCUUACGCCAGAAGACGAAAACAUCAAGCGUUUGUUAGAAUUGGAAGUUUCGAAAACUCCUCUCGAAGAUUAUGAACAGUCUGAAUUCACUCCCAAAGAAAAAGAUCAAGAAGAAAUGCCUGAAGACAAAACACCUUACAAACGAGGUCCAAAGAAACAAAAACCUGCUCCAGAAGAGCCUGAAGAAAAACAAUGGCCUACAGGAAAGCGUCGUCCCAAACCAGAAGAAGAGCAAGAAGAUAUUUCUCUCAAGCCAAUUCCCAAGCCCAAGAAACAACCCAAAGAAAAACCCGAAAAGGAUGUCGAAGGACCCAAAUUCGUGCCAGAAACUAUCGAAGAGUUGCCUGAAAAGGUUCAAGUUGUUGAAACCAAGAAGGCUGAUGGCACAGUCAAGAAACAAACUAUCAAAAAGAGGGUUAUUAAGAAGAAGAAGGGAGACAAACAAGAAAUUACUGAAAUUGUUACCAAAGAAGAAGAAAACGCUGCUCCAAUUACAAGCGUUACAGUUACUGAAUCAACUGUUGAUGAGUCUGAGGAACCAUUUGAACCAUUCAAAGAAAUGUUGGAGAAACCUCAAGUCAUUGAGGAAGUUCCUGAAGAGACUACAAUCACAACAGUUAAGACUCGUGAAGGACCUAAGAAGAGCGUUACGAAGAAACGCGUCAUCAAGAAGAAAGAUGGAAAGAAAGAAACUGUUACAGAAAUUGUAACUAAAGAAAUCGAAGGUCACGAGCCUGUUACAACUGUCGAGGUAACUGAAGUUGCUCUCCCUCUUGACGAAAUUGUCGAAGAAGUAAAGCCUGAGGAAGUUAUUGAAGAACUUCCAGAGCACAUUCAAGUCAUUGAAACUCCAACAGAAGAUGGAACUUCAAAGACAAUUGUCAAGAAACGUGUCAUCAAGAAGAAGAAGGGCAAGAAAGAAGAAAUCACAGAAAUUUUGGUUAAACAAGAGGAAGGCAAAGCGCCUGAAACUCUUGUCACAUUCAGUGAAGUGCAAGAAACUCUUCCAGAAGAAACUGUCGAAGAUGUUAAGCCAACUGAAGGAGAAUUCAAACCAGAAUUGACUGAAUUGCUUGUAGAGUUUAUGAAGAAAUCUGCUGCUCCCGAUGCUCAAAAACCAGUUGAAGAAACUACUGAGAUUGUCAUGGAGGAAGGUAAACCAAAGAAGAAGGUUACAAAACGACGUGUCACAAAGAAGAAGCUUACGCCAGAAGACGAAAACAUCAAGCGUUUGUUAGAAUUGGAAGUUUCGAAAACUCCUCUCGAAGAUUAUGAACAGUCUGAAUUCACUCCCAAAGAAAAAGAUCAAGAAGAAACGCCUGAAGACAAAACACCUUACAAACGAGGUCCAAAGAAACAAAAACCUGCUCCAGAAGAGCCUGAAGAAAAACAAUGGCCUACAGGAAAGCGUCGUCCCAAACCAGAAGAAGAGCAAGAAGAUAUUUCUCUCAAGCCAAUUCCCAAGCCCAAGAAACAACCCAAAGAAAAACCCGAAAAGGAUGUCGAAGGACCCAAAUUCGUGCCAGAAACUAUCGAAGAGUUGCCUGAAAAGGUUCAAGUUGUUGAAACCAAGAAGGCUGAUGGCACAGUCAAGAAACAAACUAUCAAAAAGAGGGUUAUUAAGAAGAAGAAGGGAGACAAACAAGAAAUUACUGAAAUUGUUACCAAAGAAGAAGAAAACGCUGCUCCAAUUACAAGCGUUACAGUUACUGAAUCAACUGUUGAUGAGUCUGAGGAACCAUUUGAACCAUUCAAAGAAAUGUUGGAGAAACCUCAAGUCAUUGAGGAAGUUCCUGAAGAGACUACAAUCACAACAGUUAAGACUCGUGAAGGACCUAAGAAGAGCGUUACGAAGAAACGCGUCAUCAAAAAGAAAGAUGGAAAGAAAGAAACUGUUACAGAAAUUGUAACUAAGGAAAUCGAAGGUCACGAGCCUGUUACAACUGUCGAGGUAACUGAAGUUGCUCUCCCUCUUGACGAAAUUGUCGAAGAAGUAAAGCCUGAGGAAGUUAUUGAAGAACUUCCAGAGCACAUUCAAGUCAUUGAAACUCCAACAGAAGAUGGAACUUCAAAGACAAUUGUCAAGAAACGUGUCAUCAAGAAGAAAAAGGGCAAGAAAGAAGAAAUCACAGAAAUUUUGGUUAAACAAGAGGAAGGCAAAGCGCCUGAAACUCUUGUCACAUUCAGUGAAGUGCAAGAAACUCUUCCAGAAGAAACUGUCGAAGAUGUUAAGCCAACUGAAGGAGAAUUCAAACCAGAAUUGACUGAAUUGCUUGUAGAGUUUAUGAAGAAAUCUGCUGCUCCCGAUGCUCAAAAACCAGUUGAAGAAACUACUGAGAUUGUCAUGGAGGAAGGUAAACCAAAGAAGAAGGUUACAAAACGACGUGUCACAAAGAAGAAGCUUACGCCAGAAGACGAAAACAUCAAGCGUUUGUUAGAGUUGGAAGUUUCGAAAACUCCUCUCGAAGAUUAUGAACAGUCUGAAUUCACUCCCAAAGAAAAAGAUCAAGAAGAAACGCCUGAAGACAAAACACCUUACAAACGAGGUCCAAAGAAACAAAAACCUGCUCCAGAAGAGCCUGAAGAAAAACAAUGGCCUACAGGAAAGCGUCGUCCCAAACCAGAAGAAGAGCAAGAAGAUAUUUCUCUCAAGCCAAUUCCCAAGCCCAAGAAACAACCCAAAGAAAAACCCGAAAAGGAUGUCGAAGGACCCAAAUUCGUGCCAGAAACUAUCGAAGAGUUGCCCGAAAAGGUUCAAGUUGUUGAAACCAAGAAGGCUGAUGGCACAGUCAAGAAACAAACUGUCAAAAAGAGGGUUAUUAAGAAGAAGAAGGGAGACAAACAAGAAAUUACUGAAAUUGUUACCAAAGAAGAAGAAAACGCUGCUCCAAUUACAAGCGUUACAGUUACUGAAUCAACUGUUGAUGAGUCUGAGGAACCAUUUGAACCAUUCAAAGAAAUGUUGGAGAAACCUCAAGUCAUUGAGGAAGUUCCUGAAGAGACUACAAUCACAACAGUUAAGACUCGUGAAGGACCUAAGAAGAGCGUUACGAAGAAACGCGUCAUCAAGAAGAAAGAUGGAAAGAAAGAAACUGUUACAGAAAUUGUAACUAAAGAAAUCGAAGGUCACGAGCCUGUUACAACUGUCGAGGUAACUGAAGUUGCUCUCCCUCUUGACGAAAUUGUCGAAGAAGUAAAGCCUGAGGAAGUUAUUGAAGAACUUCCAGAGCACAUUCAAGUCAUUGAAACUCCAACAGAAGAUGGAACUUCAAAGACAAUUGUCAAGAAACGUGUCAUCAAAAAGAAGAAGGGCAAGAAAGAAGAAAUCACAGAGAUCAUGACUAAACAAGAGGAAGGCAAAGCGCCUGAAACUGUCGUUUCUGUUAGCGAAGUUGAAGUUUUGCCUGAGGAAACUGUACCUGAGGAAGAUGUUGUUAUUCCUGCUCUUGAAGAAAAGGAAUUCAAACCUGAAUUGGCUCAAUUGCUUGUAGAAUUCAUGAAAAAGACAGCAGCUCCUGUACCACAUGAAGCUAAAGAAUUGGAAGAAACUACUGAACUGGUAAUGGAAGGCGGCAAAGCAAAGACAAAGGUAGUUAAACGUCGUGUUACAAAGAAAAAGAAGGUAUCUCCAGAGGAGGAUGAAACAAUUAAGAGACUGCUCGAACUUGAAGUUGAAAAGACACCUCUUGAACAAUAUGAACAGGUAGACACUUUAAAACAAAAAUACUUCUACAAACAAAAUUUCAAUAUUUACAUUGAUAUAAUUAUUUGA